ACGCUCCCCUUUGUACCGUAUAAGGACUGGGUUCCAGGCCAGUCAUAUAAAGAACACCCGCCUAUUUGCAUGCAUUAUAUCACAGAAUGGAAGUUGACGCUGAAUAAGAGAACAGCAGCGAAGCAAACCGAAGAUAACCUCGUGGUGGCUCCAAGUGCCUUCUGGAAUGAGGAGCUGGCAUCCAAGAUCGCCGAUAUCGUACAAUCGACCGGCAAGUCAUAUAAAGCCGAUGCAACCACGAUUGCCAUUUCCGUAAACGACCGUUCCGAGAGGGAUAUAACAAAGCACUUCAAAGAGUUGCAGAUUGACUGGCCGGUGGUGGAAAGACAACUU